AUGGCUACUGCUACACCCAAUGGUUUGGUGCCACUCAACCAUGUAGGAGCAGUACAUCCAAGUCCAGCACACAAAAUUGAUGAUGAGAAGCAAAAGGAACAAGUUACUGAAGAUCAUAGCAGCGUUAACUAUUUACAAAGGGCUCAGUGGCUUCGUGCAGCGGUUUUAGGAGCCAAUGAUGGGUUGGUUUCAGUUUCUUCACUGAUGAUGGGUGUAGGAGCUGUUAAAAAAGAUGCAAAGGCUAUGCUGCUUGCUGGUUUUGCAGGGUUGGUUGCAGGGGCUUGUGGAAUGGCAAUAGGAGAGUUUGUUGCUGUGUAUACUCAGUAUGACGUUGAGGUUGGUCAAAUAAAGAGAGAUAUGAACGUGAGUGUAGGAGGAGAAAUGGACUUGGAGAUGGAAAUGGAGAGAAGAACAUUACCUAAUCCAUUGCAAGCUACUUUGGCAUCUGCAAUAUCCUUUUCUAUAGGUGCAUUGGUACCUCUACUUUCAGCUGCUUUCAUAGAAAGUUACAGGACAAGGGUUUCUAUGGUUGUGGCAAUGGCUAGCUUGGCUUUGGCGGUUUUUGGAAAGGUGGUGGCUCAACUGGGAAAAACUCAUUCCAUAAAAUCUUGUGGAAGGUUCCUAGUUGGAGGAUGGAUAGCCAUGGCCAUCACUUUUGGUUUAACCAAAUUACUGGGUGCUAGUGCUUUAGAAUAA